AUUUCUGUAUCGGACAUGUUCACAUUGGCCCUGACGAAAUAGAACUAGUUUAAUGGCCAAUAUGUGUGGCUGUGGACGCCUCACCGAAUCGACAGCUCUCCGUUGGCACGUGUGUUGGGGCCAACGUGUGGAGUCAGCCUUAGCUAUGGUACUUUCAUACUCUGUACUCUGUAGAGUCUGUGGUCUGUAGUCUAUAGUGUAGCAAUAGCACGUUAGAGAGGGAGCAAAAAAAUGUUAAAAAUUUUAACGGAACACACCAACACCAACAUAAAUAAUUCAAAUAUUUUUAUAUAUUAAUUGAAAUGUUUUUUUGCAUCGAAAUUUAUCUUAUUAUUAGAACCUUGCACAUCUUAAACUGUAAAUAAACGAAAGAAUUAUACAGUGAACUCUCGAUUUAUGCAUAUAACUGAUUUGAACUCUAAUGUUAUUUUUGUUUCAUUAGUCAAAUUGUUGAUGCUUACCGUAAACGUAAGAGAAAGAAAGGAGAAUAUUUACGUACAGUAUGAGCUCGUAUUAGUUUUAAAAACUCCUAAUUUAUUUAACAUAGUUUGUUAGUGGAAUGGUGCUUCAAAACAGUGCAAUUUAACAAUAGCUAUGUCAGAAGCUACAACACCGACGGCAACCGAGGCGCCGGCGCUGGAUGAUCGCGAUGUCGAGCCGCGUACGCCCAUGAAACGGCUCGGCUCCACCAGGAAACUGGCCGCCUUUAACAACAUCCGCAUGCAGCUGUCGGAGCAGACGCGCGUGCUGGAGGCGCGCGCCGAGGCGACGGCGGGCGUGGCGGGCGAGCUGCACGACUACUGCCGCCGCCGCGCCGACCUCGAGCACGACUACGCGCGCGCGCUCGACAAGCUGGCGCGCGCCGCCGCCCAGCGACACAAGGACCAGAAGCACAAGUACGCCCUCACACUGCUGCCACUGCGCACUACUGCGCUUGUUUACAUACUUUCCCAGACUGCAAAGUUCGAUUGAAAACACUAACAUCAAAAAUAUUUAGGCGUUGUACCUAUGUAACCUUUUAUAAGGAUACAUAGGCCACUCUCAACCUGCCGAUACGGAGGUCUAUGACGAUGAUGAUGAUUUAAGACUAGACGCAAUAUGUAUUAGAUCGAAUUGUCGAUAGAAACUGCCGUUGGUCGUCUCUCCUCAGUUUCGAAGCACCCCCUAACUGCUUCAGCCGAUAUUGGAAUACUUACUUGGUGUCGACAUUUUGAGCGACGUCCAGUUCCGCUAUCAUCUAGAGGAUAAGGCCAAAUUAGUCUCGCUUGCUUGGUGUGCUCAAUUGGUCGAGGAUCAGAUUUGACCCGGCCCAUCGCCUGCUUCUAUGUAACGCGUGCGGUUCGGAUUGAGGGGUGUCGGUAUGUUUCAAACCGACUAGACACUUUGGCAAUGCGUGUGUAGCUUCUUCUAUCGCUUGUACCUCAGGGAGUACUCUUAUUUUUUUUGAAGAGGGAAAAUUUUAUUUAUUUCUUUAUUUACACUUUAAUGCACACAAAAUAAGGAACAUAAGGCGGAUUUAAUGCCAUAUGGCAUUUUCUCCCAGUCAACCUUUGGAUUAAAUGUAAGGUCAGC